UGGUCAAAAGGAUCGGGUGUCACCAGCUGUGAGGGGCUGGUAUAAAGGAGAGAGCUGCUAGCUGUCAACCAGAAUAGAUAUUGGCAUUUCACAGGCGGCAGCAUACACUAAAGAGCCACAGUCUGCCCUUCAUUUUGAUAACUUGUUGAAACUGACGGAGAGAGUAAACCUUGUACUUCUCUCUCAGUGGAAAUUAGGAAACUUUUUGGUCUAGCUGCAGGCAGAGACUUUUUCCAUUAUGGACGUCCAGAGGACAGGAUCCGUGGUUCGACCCCCCAGCCCCAUGGACAGCCUUGAGAAGCAGUUGAGUUGCCCCAUCUGCCUAGAAAUGUUCACCAAACCUGUGGUCAUCCUACCCUGCCAGCACAACUUGUGCCGUAGUUGUGCCAGUGACCUCUAUGAUUCACGCAACCCAUACCGCUUUUCUGGUGGCGUCUUUCGCUGUCCUACAUGCCGGUUUGAGGUCGUGCUUGACCGCCAUGGUGUGCAUGGGCUCCAGCGCAACCUGUUGGUUGAAAAUAUCAUCGACCUCUAUAAGCAGCAGCAAGAAGUUAGUGGCAGCGGAACCACAGAAACCCCACUGAAGCCUAAAGAUUCCAAAGAACCGAUGUGCCAAGAACAUGAAGACGAGAGAAUCAACAUCUAUUGCACUACCUGCCAGGUACCCACUUGCUCCAUGUGCAAAGUUUUUGGGCAGCACAAGGACUGUGAGGUGUCACCUCUAGCAACAGUUUACCAAUCCCAGAAGGGCGAACUGAGUAAUGCCAUUGAUUCCCUGGUGGCCAGCAAUGGGCGCUUGCAGGCUCUGCUCAACCAGAUGGAAGAUGCCUGCCGUUCUGUACAGGAGAAUGCUCAAUGUGUUAAACAAGGCCUAGCUGAACGCUUUGACCUAUUAUAUGCUGUCCUGGAAGAACGCAAAACCAUACUACUAGAGCAGGUUGCUAAAGAGCAAGAUGAAAAGGUGGCUGCUCUGCGAGCACUGGCUCAACGUUACGGCGAACGCCUGCAAGCUAGUUCAGAGCUGACGGAUUCUGCUGUGAGAGCAUUGGAGCAGGGUGGUGCUGCUGAGUUUCUGUUAACCGCCAAGGGCCUCAUCUCACAGACCAAAGAUGCAGCUAAAUGCGCAAUGGGGGAAGAGAGACCGGAGCCAGGCUUUGAGAAGAUGGACCACUUCACUUUGUCAACCGAGAAUGUUGAAGCAGUCCUUGGAAAAAUGGACUUUGGAUUGGGUGAGGAGGAUGAAUUUGAGGAUGCAGAGGAGGAGGAAGAAGAGGAGGAGGAGGAGGAAGAAGAAGAAGAAGAAGAAGAGGAAGAAUGAUGAAAAUUGAAGUGGUUAUGGUCUAGUAGAUACUACUGUAAUACGUGCUUUUGAAUGUUUUUUUUUAACAAGAAAAAGUAUGGCAGGGACUCUUUGAAUUUUGAUGUCAAAGAAAUAUAAGGUUAUGGUGGAUGUGGGCUAGACAGGCUUGCCCUUACUUUCUGUGCAAUAUUUAAUAUCAAUGUCGUAUUCAUGCCUUUCCUGAACGUUUUAUACUUUUGUACUUCUGAGCCAGCUAAAUGCUGGUGUUAAGUAGAAAAAUAGGUCUGUAAAAUAAAUGUAAAUAAAAUGUCUGCUAAGACAUUGUCUGCUAAGACACAGUUGUAUUCAUAUGUAGCUUAUGCAUUUUCUCACUUUGUCCAAGUUGAUCUACAUGUAAUCACCAACUUGGUCUUCAAUUGAACCUGAAAUAAAGCUGCAUGAAAUGAAUUAUGUACUUGUUUUGUUCCCAAUUUCUAAACUUAAAAGAGUUUUAUAUUAAGAUCAAAUUCAAGAAGUAUAUAGAAGAACAAUUUAACAAACCCAGUAUAAUGUAUAUAUAGUAGUAUAGAUCUUUCUUGGAGCGCACCCAUCAAAAUGUUUCCUCAGCCUGUUGCUGCUCUUUCUUGGCAAUAGACUGUAUUCAAAAAUAAAAGCCCUUGCCAUGUCCUGUCUGCUUUGCCUUUGCUGGUGCAAAGUGGGGUCUAUUUUUAAGAGGUGAGAGGGUGAGAAAUGAUAGCGGCCCUGGAAUAGACUGUCAGGGAGGACAAGCCAGGUCCUGUUUCUCCUCCAUAAAACUCCCGUCCUCCCACUUCGGCGUCUUGGUCAGCAGCUCCAACCCAACUCUAGCGUGUCAGAAAGGCAUGCUAAGAAAGGCUGGUCCAGUUGCCACACCAGUCAUCACCCAAGGGUCAAAAGGCAACAGUAAAAAUACAUGUCUGCCUGUAGACGGACUGAGUUACAAAAAAAAACCCUUGAGAUGACCUGUUUGGCUGCAUAGGGGAGCAUCUGCCUCAUUUAGUUUCUGAUAUGCAGCCAGUCAGGUGCAAGAAAACUUGUUCCAACAACAGAGGCUGUUUUACGAAAUAUGAUACAUGAUUCAGUUUUAAAUUCAGUUUUAAGCAAUGAAAGAGAUCUACUGACUAGAGAGGGGGAAAACACCUCCGUUAUUUAUCUCAUUCUUCAAUGGUGAGACAUUAAAAUGACAAUAUAAUUGGAUCCAAAUGUAUUAAAAUGGUCUGUAUUAAUCAUGUUCACCAAAUAAAGGCUUCACAAGUUAUUUUACAGUCAUAACUUGUAUUAAAACUCCAACUGAACAAAUAUUAAUGCCUUCAGACCCAACUGAUGCAUAAACUCUGUUGUGACAUACUCUAAGGUCAUAUUAUUAAUCCUUCCACUUCUUUUUAGACAAGUAUUAAAACAGGAAGCCUGUUGGACUGCAGAAUGGGAAAACACUCCUGACAAAUCUCCUGCCUUCACCUCACAGCUGUCUUUUCUCAUCCUACUUGUUAUUGUUACUGCGGCUAGUCACUGCAGUGGACUGGGGGCUGACUGUUGGUACACAUAAACCGUUGCUAGGCUGUAAAAUACGGAAAGGCCACAACCCUGAGUCAUUUACGUGAUAGCUUGCAGGAGAAGCAGAAAGUGCAUGCCGAUGUACACUGUUCCAUGCCGUUGUGAGGCCCUGUCAUUCUUACCUUAUCUUCACAAAUAAGAGCACCAUGUCAGGCUGGGGGAGGGAUAAACUGGGCAAGUCUGACAGUUGGGAAGUCUAAGCCAGUGCCUUUUGAUAAAGACCUCUGUGGUCUGAACUAAGUGUAGGCUCUGUACUGCAUCUAAUGUCCAUGAUUCAUCUAAAGCGUGCUUCAUUUA